CUUUGUUGUGAUUAAAAUUUAGGCAUCAUACUAACAAAGUCGUGAGUUAAGAUAAUCAAAAGCUAUCCCAGAAUUAUCCUCCUCAUGGUGAUCUUUUGUGCAUAAGACAUUUUUUAUUAUCAGAGAGAACAACACGUGUCCUAUUUAUCUCGAAUUAAUUUUUAUGAAAUCUCUCAGCUUCAUUGACUGUUUUAAUGCGAGGUGGGAAUAUUUUAUCAGGUAGCUGUGUGCUUCUAACUGUGGGAAAAUAUGAAAGAAAAGGUCAGGCUUACAAAUGUGAAAUGGAGGAAGACAUUCAUAUGGCUUCAAAUCCAUUCUGUUUGACAAGCAACACGUCUGCGCAGUGUAGUCAAUAAUAUUAACUUCCCUUCCCACCCUGCAAACUCUCCUUCUUACCCCUACCUUUUAACUCCCUCACUCUCUUUUCUUUCUUUCUGUCCGUCCCUACCCUCUCUUUCUUAUUUUCUCACUCCAACAAAAACACACAGUUGGAAGCAUGAGAAAAGUCUGAGGGCUGUAACAUCAGUUAACUUCAAGUAAGAAAUAACAGCAGCUGUACUAUGUGACAUUCCUCAAUCUGUGGUGGCAGUGAACUUAAAGCAGACAUAGUGAAGUUUAAUAUAUUGAACAUGAUUAUUUAUUCAUAAACAAGAAUGAUUUUCUAUUUAAGAAACAACAACAUAUGUACAUAUUUUGUGAUGCAUAUAAUGGUGUACAAAUACAUAGAAUAGCAAGUGAUGUCACAAGACGAUAUGGAAUUAAAACCAUUAGUAGAUAUGACUGAACUUCAGACGUUACGAACAUCAAGCAGCAACUGUGGAUAUUCUAUAAGUGGUCUCCUCAAUUCUCUGUCUGGUGUAACUGGGGAUCCACUUGUUUCAACUACUGUGGGUUUAUUGUCAACAGGACCAAUAGCAGCAUCUUCAGCUUUAAUGGCACCAUUUGGAUCAACCCCUAAACUCACUUACACAGAUUCUCUCUUGGGAUCAUCAUCAAGCUCAUUAGGGGCUCCCAGUGCAAGUGGUUCAUCUGCUGGUCUCUCAUCAGUUCCCACAGAAACUACAGGACCAAUUAGGCCUGUAAAACGGAAGCAGCGUCGGUACAGGACUACAUUUAGCAAUUUUCAGCUUGAAGAACUAGAACGAGCAUUUCACAAAACCCACUAUCCUGAUGUCUUCUUCCGUGAAGAACUGGCCAUGCGGAUUGACUUGACAGAAGCUAGAGUUCAGGUAUGGUUUCAAAAUCGCCGUGCCAAAUGGAGGAAACAGGAAAAGUUAGCAGCAAAGCAGCAUCAGCAACUAAAUCAGUCACAGCUUGUCCAUGGUUCAUCUCUUGUUCAAGGAAUUAUUUCCAUUCCAGUUACAUCAAGCCCCAGCCUCAGUGUUGAAUCUCCUCUGCUUUCUCCUUCUCAGUCUCUUUCAGGAAUGUCAAGCAAUAAUGUUCCAUUUUCAAUUGGUGGUAGCCCACUUGGCCCAUUCAGCCCUGGAGUUGGACCCAGUCUGCCAACUUCUUCUCCAAGUGCAGGUGGCAUCUUCUUUGGUGUGGAGUGGGGAGGCUUUUCCCCAUACCACCUAUCACAACACAAGUCUACAGAGUCUACUGAACCUGAUGCUGACUUACUGCGGUUUAAACCCUCAAAUAAAGAACAAUCACCUUCAACAUUAUUAACACCUGAAUAAAAAGAUUUGUGUGUUAUGCACUUACUGAAAGAGUAUAGCGCAUAGAUGAAUUUGUGACGACUGAGAUUUAAUGCAUUCACAGCCACAGUAAAAAAGUAUGGUGCCCAUGUUAAACUGCAUUCCUACAAGAAAUAAACAGAUGUUGUGAAAGUAUUUCUUAAGCUGAAAAGAACUCCUUCACACAUGUUCAGCAAAGAAAUUAGUAAAUAUUACCAGUAGCACUUUCAGAAAUGGGAAAAGUUAGUUUAAUCAAAUAUAAUACAUACAUGGAAUCUAGACAUACUCUCCUUGUGAUUUAUAGCAAAACAUGUUAUUACUGAAAAACUUUCAUCAUACAACACAGUAAAAGAAUGGGUUCACUACAUAUAUGGUCUACUGUUUACAAAUUAUCCAGAGAUGCCUGAGAAGUCAGCAUGGUUUGUGGACAAGAUCCAAUAUCAUGUCAUGUGUGUCUAAAAUGUGUCAGUACUCUUAGCCAAAAUUUUCAUAUGAGGCAAUAACUAGAUAACACAUGUGAGUUCUAUGUUGAACAUAAUAAGAUAAUGGUUUCUUUAAAGAUUGUGUUCAUUUCACUUCACUGUGGGAUAUUUGCACAUCAUGAUACUGAUUUCCUUUUUGUUUUAUGUUCCAUUAAUAAUAAACUUGUGUUAACUCUCAGAACAUUAUGUAACUGAGUCACUAAAAUGUUUGCACUACUAUAAAAAUGAAAAUAUGCAGUAAAACAUUUAUAAAGCAAUCCAUGUUUUUAAAUUUCAGCAAGCAAAACUGCAGUGAUGAUGACAAUUUCUUAUGGUUAUAAUUUAGAUAUUCUUUGGGGUUUUCUGAUCUGUCUACCACAAACUUACAGAAAGCCAAUAAAACCAGAGUUGAUGCAUGCCAUUAUGAAAAAAACUGUUAAACAGCUAUUCAGUACUUGUAUUACAAGUAAAAAUAUGUGAUGCAUGGUAAUAUACUUUGUAUGAGGAGAUUUUUAUACAGCAGUGGGAACAUAAACAGAAAUACAAUACAAUUUUCCAAAAUUUGUUAUAGGAACUUAUGUAUUCAUAAUGUAGAUAUUUUAUAACUUGAAGUGUUCUCCAGUGUUGUCUAAGUAUUUGGUAAUUCUUCUACAGAUGUUAUAUUUUUUCUUUCAUUCAUUGCCCUUUGUACAGGUUCAUUGAUUAUCUUGUGCACCAUUGAAAAAUAGUAGUUCUUAUAAACAGAUAUUCCUUGUGUAUUUCUGGCAGUGAGAUACAGCUGUAAGUGAAAGAAUAA